CUACAAAGUUUGUUUCAAGGAAAUGUACUUUGCUAGCAACAUCAGAGCUGAGGUCACGUCCUCGCUCAAUCCAGACCAGUGGGCUAAUGUAACCCCAGUUCAAGUCCGCAAGAUGGCGCGCAACACCGUCUCCUGGAGAGGAUGGUCAGCUGCUGGUGGAGGGGACACGUCGCCUUGGUUCAUUCAUCAUUAACUCAAAAUGUGGAAGAAAAAAAAAAAAAAGCAAUUCCCGGAACACAAUCGCCUGACCUAGUUCACGGACAGGACACAUCAGUUAGACGUGCCUCGGUGUGUUGACACACCUCUGCCUCACUUCUGAUAAGUCUUCUGCCUCGCUGAAACCUGAAGUGAGAUCUUCCCCACACCACGUGAAGGCAGCGCUCACGACGUCACUCUGAAUGAAAAAGUAGCGCUCAGCGCGGCUCAGCUGCGGUGCGGGGCAGAGGGAGGCGUGCGGGGCUGACAGGAGCAGCAGCACUUUGUCCAGAGCUGGGAACAGAACCAGGACAACCUCGCCAACACAAAUCGGUCGGGAUAACACCAAGUUGUGGCUGUGUAGUUUUUAGAAAAAAAAAAAAAAAAAAAACGUUCCCCCCCUCCCCAUUAUGGCUGACCAUCUUUUACAUUAUAGUGACUCAGCUGGGGUUGGGAACCGGUUCGCCCGCAAAGGUGCUUUGCGGCAGAAAAACGUGCAUGAAGUGAAAAACCACAAAUUCACAGCGAGGUUCUUCAAGCAGCCGACGUUCUGCAGCCACUGUACGGACUUCAUAUGGGGAUUUGGGAAACAAGGAUUUCAAUGCCAAGUGUGCUGUUUUGUGGUUCACAAACGCUGCCAUGAGUUCGUCACCUUCUCCUGUCCCGGAGCUGACAAGGGUCCUGACACAGACGACCCCAGAAGCAAGCACAAGUUCAAGAUCCACUCGUACGGCAGCCCCACCUUCUGCGACCACUGCGGCUCGCUGCUGUACGGCCUCAUCCACCAAGGGAUGAAAUGUGACACCUGCGACAUGAACGUGCACAAGCAGUGCGUGGUCAACGUACCGAGCCUGUGUGGGACGGACCACACGGAGCGCCGGGGUCGCCUCUUCCUCAAGAUCGAGGUCAGCAUGGACCGGCUACACGUCACAGUGGGUGAAGCCAGGAACCUGAUUCCGAUGGAUCCAAACGGUUUAUCAGACCCCUACGUCAAACUCAAGCUCACCCCCGACCCAAAGAAUGAGACCAAACAGAAGACGAGGACCAUCCGUUCCUCUCUCAACCCCUGCUGGAACGAAUCCUUCACCUUUAAGCUGAAAGCGUCAGACAAGGAUCGCCGUCUGUCCGUCGAGGUGUGGGACUGGGACCGAACCACCCGGAACGACUUCAUGGGCUCCAUGUCGUUCGGGGUGUCCGAGCUCAUUAAAGCUCCCAACAUUGGAUGGUACAAGCUGCUGAACCAGGAGGAGGGAGAGUACUACAACGUUCCCAUCCCCGAGGUGGACGACGUCAACCUGGAGCUCCGGCAGAAGUUUGAGGCCUGCCAGUUAAAUAUCCACUAUCUCAAGAAAGCCAAGCUGGGCCACGGUAAGAAGGUGAUAACGCCAUCAGACCACCGGCGGUUCAGCCUGCCUUCAGGUAACAUGGACCGGGUCCGACUGAGCGACUUCAACUUUCUCGCCCUGCUCGGGAAGGGCAGCUUCGGCAAGGUGAUGCUGGCGGAGAUGAAGUCAACGGAGGAGCUGUACGCCAUCAAGAUCCUGAAGAAAGACGUGGUGAUCCAGGAUGACGAUGUUGAAUGUACGAUGGUGGAGAAGAGGGUUUUGGCCCAGAGAGACAAACCGCCCUUCCUCACACAGCUGCACUCCUGCUUCCAGACUGUGGAUCGGCUGUACUUUGUGAUGGAGUACAUCAACGGGGGAGACCUAAUGUAUCAUAUCCAGCGUAUGGGUAAAUUCAAGGAGCCACAGGCAGUGUUUUAUGCUGCAGAGAUUGCUGUCGGUUUGUUUUUCUUGCAUCGAAAGGGGAUCAUCUACAGGGAUCUGAAGCUCGACAACGUGAUGCUGGACUCCGAGGGCCACAUCAAGAUCGCUGACUUCGGCAUGUGUAAGGAGAACAUGUAUGAAGGCAUGAGCACACGCACCUUCUGCGGCACCCCAGACUACAUUGCACCAGAGAUUAUAGCAUACCAGCCUUACGGAAAAUCGGUGGACUGGUGGGCGUAUGGUGUUCUUCUGUAUGAGAUGCUGGCAGGACAGCCUCCAUUUGAUGGAGAGGAUGAAGACGAGCUAUUCCAGUCCAUCAUGGAGCACAACGUGUCGUACCCCAAGUCCAUGUCCAAAGAAGCUGUGUCCAUCUGCAAAGGACUGAUGACCAAACACCCGUCGAAGCGUCUCGGCUGUGGCCCAGAGGGGGAGAUGGACAUCAGGGAGCAGGCCUUCUUCAGGCGCAUCGACUGGGAGCGCCUGGCAAACAGAGAGAUCCAGCCGCCAUUCAAACCCAAAGUGUGUGGCAAAGGAGCGGAGAACUUCGACAAGUUCUUCACACGCGCGCAGCCCGUGCUGACCCCUCCCGACCAGCUGGUCAUCGCCAACAUCGACCAGAGCGAGUUCGCCGGCUUCUCCUACAUGAACCCUCAGUUCAUCCAUCCAUCCCUGCACAGCGUCGUAUGAGGAGAGAGCAGGGAACCCCCCCACCGGCCCUCCCCACUCCAGCCCCCCCACCCAAAAAAAAGCAUGGACUGUCGCCGACUACAGGAUUCCCUCCAAAACUCCCACGGACGUCCCGCUGUCGAAAGACUCAUACCAUCCUCUACAGUAUUCUGUCUGCAAGUUAACGAUGACUGAGGAGAGUGAAGCCAAGUGUUGAAAACCAUGUGUGUGGGCGAGGAGAAAGUACAUGGCACUGAUGAUUUCUUUUUCUUUUUUUUUCUUUUUUUAUUGCAUUAUUUCCCCCAAACAUCUCACGACGUGUUCUUGAUUCUAUAUCUGUGUUUUUUUUCCUCCGAACCUGCAGCCUUUUUUCUCGUGUACGAAUGUGUGAAUCGGUGAUUGUGUCAUUAGGUAUUCAAGAUGCAAGCCCCCCCAUUUUUUUCCUUCUCGUCCUACUCACGUUGCCCCGUCUUACCGCGCAACAAGCUGCAAUGCACGACAAGAACGGAAACAUAUUUUUUCCGCUCCGUCUCCGGCUUUAUCUACUUCUGAACCGCUACACGUGUAUUUUAUACUUAUAUACCUUUUUGGAGAAAAAAAGACAAAAAAAGAGGUAGUGUACUGUUACUGAGUGCCAAAGUAGAAGUGGAAGGAAAACAUUUCUAUUCUUAAAAGUCCUUGUAAUGUUUUUUUUUUUGUUCCCCCCCCUCUGGCUUUCCAAAAACACUGUCAACACACUGAAAACCCUUAAACGGGGGGAUGUUUAUAUCUGUUGUUUUGUAGGACGUGGAACUACGCUGUGAUCUAACUCGACGUAGAGAAAACAGAGAGCACACCAUGCCGGCAGUCACAAGCAGCGCAGGCCUUGUUUUUUUUCACUUCCAAUGGGUGAGUUCGGUGUAUAGGGUCAGAAAAAAAAAACGGUGGAUCGGAGGAGAGACGGUGUUUUACAGUCUAAAGAUUCCCAUAUGCACAAAGCAGAUCUCUGUUGCAUGCUUAUUUUCUGACUCUGUACGAGCAGUAGACUCUAGGGCGCAGUACACGUCUGGUACCAUUGUAAAAGUGUAGUAUUACAGUAUAAAACUAUGUUGAUAUAUAAUUGUCGUCUUGUUCUGAGGAGAAGUUUUGGGGGGGGAGAAAAAUUGUUUUUGUUUUUUUUCGUUUUGUGUUCUGGCUCAACUUUUAACGUCCAGAGAGAUGUCGAAAACCUUCUGUUGUACGUCAGCUGUUUUCUUUGUUUUGUUUUGUUUUUUUCUGUAAAUAUGUUUUCAAAAAGAGAAGUUACUCGCGGAUUUUAUACUACGAACUGAAUGUGCUUUUACUACCAGUAGACAGUUUGAACAUUUCUAUGUUUAGAUUUCCCCUAAGAAGAAGAGUAUAUAUAGAUAUAUAUAUAUAUAUAUAUAUAUGUAUGAAAAAACGUUUGGCUGACUCUUUGGUAGCUUUGGUAUCAGCAAACCUUGUUAUAUGUAUUUCCACUGUUUACCCGUUAUUUUCUACUACUCAGUGUCAUGGAGAAUAUGCAGCACCUUCCGUGCGUGAAUCAAACCGUCGAACCCCCUCUUUGCCUUGGUCGUCUCAGGGCCGACAGUGGCUGUGACGCGUCUUUUCCCUUUUUUUUCUCUCGCGUAUAUUGUGUGCAUGCGUGAGGCGAGGUAUAAGCAUGAGAAAGACCCCCUGCAUGAUAUCCAGAGAUCCCGCCCCACCUCCUCUCUCCAGGUAUGGAGCAUGGAGUAUCCACGGAAUGAGACGAACCCCUCCGGCAUUGUGCGCUUUUUUUUCCCCCCCGUCUCCUCCUCACUCGCUGUCAUGUAGCCCGACUUGUUUGACUCUAUAGCUGAAGUAUAAGCAGACGAAUAUGUGUAAAAAAUAAUAAUAAUAACCGCUUCUGUUCACUGGUGCCAAACUCUUUUUUUUGUUUGUUUGUUUCCAGCCACGUGUGUGUGUGUGUGUGUGUGUGUGUGCCCGGCAGUGUUUUUUAUCCAGAGGCACACGGAAGGUAAGGGGUUUCAUGAAAACUGCCAAAUUUUAGGAAGCCCCCGAAAAAACCCCUAAACGAGUUACUUCACGCGUAGACUGAUGUCGCAGUUGUCACAUCUGGACCAAAAUGAGAUUUUGUAAGGUUAAGAUUAAGGUGAAUAAAUAGCUGAAUGUUUACAUGUCUCACAUUGAGAAUUGAAAAAUCAACCUUUGGACCCAUUGACAGAGAUAAUCACAUGUCAGCCAGGCCAGUCAGGGUACAGCACCACUACAAGCUACAGUUAGAGCCACAGGGAUGUUUGUACGUGUUUCCCUUCACUGCCCCCUGCUUUUGUUGACCUGAUUCUUCUUGUUCCUCUGUUUAUUGUGGUAUGAUGAAUACUGUGUAUAAAUAAAGUAUGAAAAAUAU